AUAAACUCCUUUAUAUGAUAAAGUUUCUUACACAUUUACUUUUGUUACUUGCUGAAGACUUAACAGAUGUAUGCAAUUUUCAUUGAAAUAUAAACCAUGAUUUUAUAUAGAAAAUUAAGGGAAAUAACUCUUAUUGAAUAUUAUCGAAAAAAUUUCCGUCAAUAUUCGGAAGAUUGCCGGAAAUUCCCGAGAAGUUGCUAUUCAAAGUAACCAUUCGGAACACUCAAUCCGUUGUAUUACCACUAACAGGUUACAAACGAGGAUUACCGAAUAUCUUGUUAUCAUCCGGGUUCCCUGUAAAUUUCCCGCGUGAAAAAAAAUUGUACGACUGGUAGUAAGAGAGCUUAAGAUGGCAACGAAGAGGAAAUACAACGACGAAGACGGGCAAAACUCGUGCACAGGAUACAUCCACGAUGUAUCGCCUAUCAAAAGGAGCAAGGCUAACAAUCCCUACUUUGAAGGGACCAUCCAAACAGCGGAUCGCCAAUAUCAACGCCUGGUUUGCUUCGACACCAACAAACAUGGGACCCUACAAGCGGCGGCCACAUCUAAAACGCCACUCAAACUUAGCAGUAUCAAACAAUCACCAAGCCGGGCUGAUUCCACUAAGUCCGAUGUAGUUAUAAACCAGUCAUCAACACUUGAACUGAAAGUUCGCAAACUCGACUUUGAUCACUACGCAAUGAAAAAACAAACUGGAACAACACCAACGCCAAUCAAAACAAUUGUUGAACAGAUCCCUGAAUACAACAAGGUGACCAUCGCUGGUAAAGUCGCAUCUAUCGGUGAGCCAAUCAAACAAGAAGUUCGUGGACUAAACAUGACCAAGCAAGAUGUAAUAAUAGCAGACCAAACAGACUUUAUCAAUUUGACGGUGUGGAACAAUAUGGUAGACAGCUUGCUCCAUAAUCACCACUAUAUACUAACUAAUCUGACCACCAGGAACUUUAACAACACAAAAACCCUGACAACGACAGUAUCCACCACAGUCCAAGAACUUGAAGAAGUACCAACUGACUUGAAGAAUGUCGUUAACGUUGACAUGGACUUGGCCCCAGUUUCCCAAAAAAUAGUGGGAGAAAUUUCACAAGUCAUGAUUGCACAAUCAAAAAUAUGCAAUGCUUGCAAGAAAAAGGUUGGCGACCAAAUGUGCAACGAGCACUCAACCUUCUUCAGGUGCUGCUUUUGCAAUAUGAAGCAAAAAUCUUCUUCUCUGAAGACAUCCAUGAGCGGCACGCUCAAUAUCACCACAGCAGAACCAGAUGGGAAAAGCACCAAAGUUGCUAUAUUCCACAAUGUGUUGAUGGAAUUCUUAAAAGAACUGAACAAAACUGACCUCCUGAACAAUGCUAAUUUGCUUGAAGAAUACCUCUUAGAACUUGAAUCAGUGUCCAUUACUUAUGGCAAAGACAAUGUUGUUCAAAAAAUGCGAACAUGAGGAAUUGAGACUCGCUGUAACAUUUCUCGCUCCUGUGAAAAAUGUCCAUGCCCUGCAUAUUGAUGCCAAAGAGGAUUUUAUUUUAAAUUGUAGUUAGCCGCUAUAGUUCAUUGUAGUUUAAUUUGUUACUAGUCUUAUAGUAGUUUAAUUUGUUACUAGUCUUAUAGUAGUUUAAUUUGUUACUAGUCUUCUACUCUCAAUGGCUACUGAUCAUGAUCCGGACGACCAAUAGUCACAUUUCUCCCAGCUGGGAAUCUUUAAUUAUAAUUACAUUGCCACUUUGAUGAGGCAUUUACUUCAGGAAUAUCUCUCCUAUACAUUAGUGUAUAUUGGAUAAAAUGAGAACCUUGUUGUUUAAACAUUAGCUUGUUGGAAUUUUAGUUUAUAAGUUGUAAUACUUAGUUGUAGUUUAUCAAUUAUAAUACAUAUAUGUACUUCAUUCUUGUAAUAGUUGUGUGCAACAGAUGUUAACAUAUAUUUCUCAUUAGAAAAAUGUGUCCAGACAUAGAUUUACAAUGAAUGCUAACAACGUGAAUGGUUGAAAACUCGGGAAGAUAUAUGAAAUCAUUUCAUUGGAGUUUUAUAUUAGUUUAGUUUAUUUCUUGUAUUAUGUACUCUAAACAGCUGUAUAGGCACAGCCAACUAGUAACAUUUCUCCCGGCUGGGAAAAUGUGCUAAAAUGAAAAACUAGUUCAGUUCAGAAAGAUUUCAGCUAUCAAUAUGGAAAAAGUAACGGAACUUGUUGUUACUUUAAUCAUUUCAUCGUAGUUUUAGUUUAUAUUAAUUACUACACUUUUAGGUUCAAAUCAUUGUUCUGUAUAAGUUUAUAAUCCAAUUUACCUGCAUUACCACAACUUCACCUCAGGAAUUAUACAUUCCUAUCUGAAAACACUAAACCUGUUAUCUUGUUAGUUCAGUAUCUCAUUCAGCUGUAUAUGUGACUACUGUUUCUUUCUUUUUUUUCUCAUUCCUAUUUCUGUUUUUUUUUCUUUUUUUUUUUUCACGAAAAUGAAACCUUGUCUAAAUGUAUUCUCAGAAAUUAUUAAAGGGGUCAUUACUUGUAUAAAGACAUAGUCCAUUGGGGAUGUGAAUAAGACAACUUUUGUCUCGACUUAACAUUGGAGAUGGCCACUACAACCUCUCUUCAAAUUCUGGUUUGAAAACUUUUCGCUACUAUGCAGGUUCUAGUGAACAGAUUUUCAUAAAAAAUAUUUCUAAAGGGAUCUACUAGACAUUACUUUUUGAUAAAUGUCAAAAAAAUCUUCAAAAUUCGUACCAUUUUUAAACCAAUAAAACUUGCAUUUUUUAGGGUCACCUACUCACCUAUAUAUUUUAAUCACCUAUUGUCCAUUUUCUUCCAUCAUGCAUCCGGAAACGAUUAACUUAUCAACUUCUUAAGAAACACUGAACCAAAUAAAAUUAAAUUUAUCAAGAAGCUUACAUGGCCAGAGGUCAACCAAAAUUGUGAACUCCCACAUAUGGUACAAUAAAUUGCUUUGCACAUAUAAAAAGGUCUUGAGGUCCAUUAUGAAAUUUAUGACCCUGGGUUCAUGUUUCCCCAUGGCGAAGGGGGUAAAGUUGUACACACUUGGUUAGAAUUAUCAUUAUAGAAUUUCUUUUGAAUGGUUAGUGUAUAUUGGCACUGAUUGACCUCAGGGACUUGAGGGGCAGGACAAAAAAGGUUCAAAUUAAAUGUGAUUUCAACAAUCAUUCUCUCAAGAACGAAAUAAAUUUGAACCAAAUACUCUUUAUAUAUGAAAGGGUCUUCAUGAUCAGGUGUUUUACCGAUUUCAAGACCAUGCGAAAAAAUUCAAAGUAAACUUUACUAGUUUCUAUAGGAAAAUCAAAUUUUUGACUAUCAUUUGUUUGAUUUCUAUUGGAUAAUUCUAACUUUUGUAACGCCCCUCAAUCCCCCCGCCCCAUUGCUAUCAUUACAAAAGAAAUCUGUCGUUUCUGUGUGAAAGGUUCUGUGCAUUUGUGUACAUCCAAUAAAUAUGAUAUCUCUA